AUGCAACAAACUAACAACCGCUACCGCUGCAUCGGCAAAGGCUUCUGCGGCAGUGUCUGGGCCCUCGAAGCCGCCACCCCCCAAACCGCCAUCAAGCGCGAAGAUGGCGGCCCCGGCCGCUCCGUCACAAACGACUACAACAUGCACAUCAAAGUCGUCGAGAGCGCACAGCAGCAGCAGCACCACCACUACUACUACUCCCUCUCAACCCCCCUCUGCAUCCCCCAAUGCCACCGACUCAUCCAAGCCACCGACCCCUGGUGGCACACCAGCCUCCCCCAGUUCCCUCCCGGCUACUCCGCAUGCAGAGCCCUAGUAUCGGAGCGCGUCCCCAAAGUGCCCCGGUCCAUCAGCAACAAGCUCGUCGAUCUCUUCUGUGCGGGCAACACCCCGCUGAGCGACUUUGUCAAGGGAAACCCAGACGACGACGCAUGUCUGAUUCGACCGUACCUUGGUCGCCGGCGCCGUCACAGGCAAGACGGGGUCAGUCAAUCGCAGUUCCAGCGCUUCAGUCUACGUAAUGUGCCGCUGCAUGUUGAUCAGAUGGAGGUGCUGGGGCUGGACGUCAAGGCGUAUGCGGGUGCCAUGGCGGAAGCGCUGGCGCUGAUGCACUGGGGUGCGAGGAUCGAUGCGAAUGAUGUGGAGUUUGUGUUGGCUCCUCCGCGCGCAGGGCAUGCAUCUACGUUUGAAUCGGAGUAUCUAGGUGUUCACUGCAUGUGGAUUCUCGACUUUGAUUGUUGUCGUCCGAUCCAGAUUGACGAAACGGGGGUUGAGCAGGCUUCUGCCGCUUUCUACAAGAACGAUCCUUUUUAUCCUAGGCCUGGGGCUGGCGAGACGGCUGAUGAGGAACUAUGGAUGGUUUUUAAGCAGAGGUUCCUGGAAUCUAGUCACAGGAUCAUGGGGGAAGAGAGGCAGGACCAGUGGUUCCUUGCUGAUAUGUUGGUGGAGAGGAUUGAAGAGGAGGGUCGGUCGAGGAGGAAAGACAAGGAGGCGGGAACUUCUUAG